AUGAUCGGUGACUUGGCCUACAGAGUGAAUCCACACAAAUUGGUUGAAGAAAUAGCACUGAUGCUUGAAAAAGAGAAGAUUGAGAUGCCAGUAGACGCUGAUCUGAUUAAGACUGGUUCAGGAAGACAGUACAGUCCAAUGCAGUCCAAUUGGUUUCUGCUUCGAACUGCCUCUGUCCUCAGACAGGCAGCCAUCAAGAACGGAAUAUCCCUCAAUGGAUUGGCUUACAGGUACGGAAACAGGAAGAACAGGGGAGUGAGACCUACCAAGUUUGCUCGUGGCUCUCGCUACGUGAUUGAGAUGGCUGUAGAGAACCUGGUUAAGCUUGGAUGGAUCGAUUUCAAGCAGAAGGAUGGGAUUGUAACAGAAAAGGCAGAGGGAGUCCUUAAGAAAUGCAUAGAACAGGUACGAUCUUGUUAA